GUAGACUCUAGCUGCCGAUUUUUCUAAGUCCCGUCUCUUGGCAUAAUGUAAGAUUUAUAAAACUUUCUCCAUGCCGACCUGUCCUGGAUGGUGAUGCUGUCAUUACCGUGCCCAUAGUGCCCGACUUUUUUGCAAUUUUGUCAUCAGCUCCAACACUCACCUAGCCGGUGCAUUUCUCAGAAUGGCGGACUUACCUGACGGCCUCAUCGCUUUCGGGCCUCAAGCCAACUGCACACUCGACAUUUGUCCGAUAGAAUGGAGUAUCCUCCGUUACCAGCCUUCUGUUCCCGCCAGCGGCACAUUUAUCGGGUUCUUCUCUUUAGCCCUGGCUUUACAUGCCAUCCUGGGGUUCAAGUGGAAGACUUGGGGGUUCACAGCAAGCAUGAUCGGUGGUUGCGUCUUGGAAAUUGUCGGUUACGUAGGGAGACUAUUCAUCCAUGACAACCCAUUCGACUUUAAUGGUUUUCUUAUGCAAAUCAUCUGCAUCACAAUAGCUCCAGUCUUCUUUUCUGCCGCCAUAUACGUUUUACUUUCUCAAACCAUCAACUUUCUCGAUCGGUCAAUCUCGCGAUUUUCACCUCGCCUGUACUACUGGACCUUCAUCCCUGUCGACAUAGUCUCUUUGAUUCUUCAGGCCGUAGGGGGCGCGAUGUCCUCCGUCAGCACGACUAAGGAGGCUGCGGAUCGAGGCGUCAACAUUUCACUCGCUGGACUGGUGCUGCAGGUUGCCUCACUUGGGGCAUUCUGCGGACUGUUUGGAGAUUACAUGAUCGCCUACACUCGAUCAAAGACUCGCCCGCCAAUGAGCAGAAGACUCAUGAUCUUCCUAAGUUUCUUGAGCCUCGGUACCAUGUUGAUACUGCUGCGUUGCGUCUACCGUAUCGUUGAGUUGCAUGAGGGUUAUUUCAGUCAUUGGUUCCGAGACGAAACACUCUUCAUCGCACUAGAGUCGGCUGUUAUGAUUUUGGCCAUCUUUUCUUUGCUAGUUGGACAUCCAGGACUGGUUUUCAAUAACAAGGAGAGAGAAAGACUUGACACAACCGGUGCCCUCCAUCUAGAGUCGCGCGAGGGCCGUGGUAACAAUAAUAAACCCGAAAUCAACGGGGCCACAGACGGGAGCGACACCUCAGUCGAAGAUCCAGCGCCAGAAGCAGCUAGAGAGAAGUCGGCAUUGUCCGGAACGGUUUAGAAUGCGAAGUUUCGAGAUUAGAAGUCAUAUGCGGGAUAUAGUGACGGAAAUUACUUGGAUAAAGGAGAAGCAUACAAGUACGACAGGAUAGAAGUAAUUGUCCAUCAACUACAAUAUGUAUCAAUCAUUAAUGGAAUCUGAAUCACUGCCUG